AUGCCUGUGGUGGCUGUACUGCUACUUGUCAACAUGCUGGGCGGGGUCACGUGUGCCAGCCCUCAAGCAACCCCCAAGAAGCAGAAGCUGGCGUUGUGUGCGCCUGUCAAGGCUUUGACCAAGUCGUGCUCCUCCAAGGCCGGCCCGACCGCCCUCAUGGACCAGAUAUGCAGCGAGCUGCUGGCACCCGCCAACGCAACGGCUGACAGCAAGGACCCCACCAAGCUGCAUUACGGCUGCGGCGUGGCUACCACAGCACAGGUCAACAGAGUUUCGGGUGACCUGGCAGCGCUCGAGCCCAAGAUCACUGCCGCCGCCGCCCAGGUCAGCUCUGUGCAGGCCACUGCCUUCCAGGGGAGCAACCAGACGGCCGCGCUGCGGGCCCAGGUGGCUGAGCUCACAGCGGCGGCCGCGGCGCUCAGCGCCCUUGUGCAGCAGCUGCAAGCAAACGCAGCCAACGCCACCGGCGCAGGCACCAUCAUCACUAAGGAGCUCGCCGCCCUUGCAGCGGCCGACACGCGCACCGCCCAGAAGCUGGCCCUGCUGGCGGCGGCAAACCAGACCGCGGCCCAGGACAUCGCGGCGCUCAAGGCUGCGCAGCAGCAGUGCACCUGCGGCCCGGAACUGUCGGCCGUCGACACCACCCUAGUCACCAUCAAGGCGGCCCAGGCGGCGAACGCGGCUGCAGUAUCCCUGGCGAACGCGACCUUGGAGUCCUUGAAGUUCACAGUCACUACAGGCGCGGCAACCAUCGAAGCGGCCAACACCAGCCUCGCCACCCUGGCAGCCAAUGUAGCCAAUGUGUCUGCAACCAACUUUUCCGUCUACGCAAAAACUGCCGACCUGGCCAACAUCAACGCAAGAAUCCUCGACGAGAAGGAACGGUAA